CGGGCUCGUAUAUUUCUUCGACACCUCGCAGGCGGGACCAUACUGGAGCCUCCGCUCCGGACCUUCAUAAUAUCACACACAACCAUGGAUGUGACAGCACUGCUGAACUCGGGCGCCAAGCUCGGCCAGCUGAGCCAGAUGGCGCAACUAGCACAGCUGGGACCGCGCGGGGAGCCCCUAGACCUCACACCGACGCCGUCAGUGAUCAGCAACACCACAGCAGCCUCGACAGGGGUUGCGACGCCACCACCAGAAAAGUCCCCCUCCAGGAGCAACAGCGAGUCCAGGACACCCAACCGGAGCAGGACACCGUGGGAUGCCGGCGGCUACUCGCUGCCCCUGACCCUGGACACCAAGAUGAUCCGGACGCGCCUGAUGGCCAAGUCGGUGCUGUACGGCGACUCGCCGCCGGGCGAGCACCACCCGGACAGCAACAGCCCGUCGUCGCCCAAGCACAAGUUCUCUGACAGCCGCAGCAGCCUGAGCUCCUACACGACCACGUCGUCAAACAACUCGGGCUCGCACUCGAGGAUAUCAUCCCUGUCGACCGUCAGCGAGUUCCAGCCCAUGACCAGCCUCAUCACCGACUUCUCCUCGCUCGAGGCCAAGAUGUCGGACGAGACGGAGCGCCAGAGCCUGCACAACAGCAGCGCUAGCAGCGUCAUCCACGGCGGCGACGCUGUCAUGAGGUCAGGGCUCGGGAACGACGACGGGAUGCUCGGCGCGGGCGGCAUGGGCGGCGGCAUGAUGGACGGUCGCCUCCAGCAGCCGCUCUCGCCGUACAGCAUGAAGCUCGAGGUCCCGGGAGACUCGGGGACAAGCCACUCGAGCGAAAACGAGUCGAUUUCGGAACAGCAACGCUCCGACAGGGCCAGGUCGCCGUCGGACGCCAUAUUAUUCACGAGCAACAACGCCCAGCCGCCUCGUGGGCCGGUUGUGGAGACUGGAAGACGAUCCAUCGAUCCGUUCGGAGCAGGUUAUCAGCCUGGCCACAAGAGGGCAGUAUCCGCACCAGACUUUCCGUCGACGGUCAGGACAAGAUAUCAGCCGCCCGUCGGGUUCGCAGCCCCGAUCGUGGAGCCUCCUUACUCCCCUAACGGAUUCUAUCAACAAUCCUUCUCCAUGGGCGACAACCAGCCGCGCCGUCCCUCGCUCACCGAGGAGGACGACGCCUACGCCGAGGACCCUUCGGCAUCCGGCAUGCAGACUGAGCAUGCGUCUCAUGGCAACGCCGUGGCCUCUUCAGCACACGUCGAGGACUGGAACGACGGCACCGAUGACUCGAACGACAGUGCCGUUCGCGCCAUGAACGACGACGCCCUGUGCGAGGCAUCCGAUUACGAGGACGGCAAGCCCUCUCGUUGUCUCUGGGGAAAUGUGCCCUGCGAUACCGGCUCCCAGCUCCGAAAGGCUGUUUCGCACAUCUUCGGCCGCAAUAAGCUCUGCACGCGUCAGAUCCCAGACCUGGCGUGGGUGCACUUUUGUCGGAAGCACUACCAGCGCGCCCGUUAUCGACUGGGCCCUAACUAUGCCCUGACACAAGUGCGCCUCGUGAUCCGGCAGAUCAACAAGAUCCGCAAGUGGAGCGACCACAACGUCGCCAACGGCAACUCUUCCGGCGUCGUCAACAGCUGGAGGAUCCAGCUCCGCAAGCGUGAGGAGCGGAGACAAGAGACGAAGGGGCAGACGAAGAAGCGCAGCCGCGGCGAUGAUGACGACAUGGGCGGAAUGGAUGGCAUGGACGGCAACGAAGAUGUCAAGGCCGAACAGCCACCGCAAUGGCUCAUUGAGAAGGUCGGCGACGGCUACACAACCGAGCAGGUGCUCAACGUUGCCUGGCGUCUCAAGGAGGACCUGCACAACAAGCUCUACACCAGGAUCCCGGAUGUUGAGAUCCUUCCGAACAUUACAUCGGACCGGACCGAGGAGGCGAAGCCUCGCGCCAAGGCCACGCGUCGGAAUGCCCCGGCCGGCCAACCUCUCCGGAGCGCCCCCAACCGGUCCCGAAUGGGACCCUACGCCGGAUACCAAGGCCACCGCUCGACGCUUAGUGAGUCGGCGCGCGGAGGCAUGGGUCAUCUGGCGGACAUGGCUUCGUUCUCUGGCUGGGACAGCCCGGCUAAGCGCCAGCGCGGUCAAGAGUACGACAACAGCCAACUCAGCCGCCCCUGGAUGACGCAGCAGGCCACGGCGACCCUCCCCAUCCGCCCGGCACAGGACCUGGGCUCGUACGCAACCCCGAUGGCCUCUGGCGCCUCGGGCUACAACUAUAUGUCGAGCAUCCCCCAAGCCCGUGGAUCAACUGGCUACGCAGUCCAGCCCGGCGGUUGGGGUGCCCCGGCCUCGACAAACACUGGCUCGUACGGCAGCAAUAUGGGCUUCGCUACCCAGCCCCAACUCAGCCCCGUGCCGACCAGCGCUGCAGGGCAGCCUCAACAUUCCCCUUACUUCGCGGGAUCUGGCUACGCUACCACGCAGGCGCAGCAGCAACAACCAUCGCCGGCCUUCUUCGGGACCGGCGCAUACGGCAACACAGCAACCGCCUCGCAGAGCGCGCCGCGUGGCAUCUACGACGGCUGGGGAGGCUACGCCCCGCAGCAGCAGCAGCAGCAGCAGCAGCACCACGGCGCCAACACGGCCCGGAACGCGCAGCACCAGCAGCAGGCGGCUAGAAGCCACCAGCGCCACGUCAGCGCGCCCUGGCCCAACUCGGGCAUGAUGGGGGGUAGCCAGAACAGCUACCAGUUCGGCGGCGCCGCGGCGGCGAUUCCGCAGUUCACGGCGGGCCCGCCUAUGGAUCCGGCCCUGCUCGGAGGCUCGCAGCAGAGGCGGUCGUCGCUGCCGCACAACGCCGCCGCGCCCACCGCGCCCAUGAUGUCGGCGCCGCAGGCUGGCGCUACCCAGCCCCAGGCCGGUACGGGCAAUGAGCACAACACGGGCUACGACAUGAGCCAGCACCAGGCACACCAGGCGCACCUCCAUAACCCCAACGCCCGAUACGACAUUGGUCGCCGCUAAGCGGCCACCCAUGGCUGGGGUCCGCUUCUGGGCGCUCUCGUCGGCUAUCUUUGCCGUCUGCUGCGUCGCUGUUGUCCAUCAC